UGCCAAAGAUGGAGAACAGGUUUUCCGGCGCCUCGUGCGUGGAAUAUGGCGGUCUCUGCUUUGGGCGGGAAACACACUCGUGCAGCAUGCCAGUUCUGCCUCGCAGAACAUUACCGUCGUUGUAUCUUUACAGUUACGACGCGCGUUUCUGUGGUGUUACGUGAAGAGGAUAACAUAAGACGUAAGAAGAGACCUAAUCGUGCUUCGCAGAUAACUUUAGGGAAUCACUAGCACCUUGCUGCAUACAUAAAUCGAUAAAAGGAGGUAAAACGAGCUCGUUCAUCCUCAAGAUAAUUGCCAUAGGUACUGUUGUAUUUACGAUAAUCAAGCAUACCUUUGUACCUCGUGUUGAGUAUUGAAUAUGAUGAUGAUUAUUACGUGACAAUUGAUUUGUUACGUGGAGACAGUGGGAUUGUUUAAUAGGAAGAAGUUGCAGUACACUGCUCGAGAAAAUGGCUUCUCCACAAAAGCUCUACAAAGCUCCAUUCACAAUUUGCAUAGAGGGAAAUAUUGGAAGUGGUAAAACGACAUUCUUGAAUCAUUUCCAAAACUUUAACAAUGCUACGAUUUUGCAAGAGCCAGUGGAGCUGUGGCAAAACAUAGCUGGCGUGAAUUUAUUGGAUCUGUUCUACAAGGAUUCAGUACAUUAUGGUUUCAUGUUCCAAUCGUACGCUCAAUUAAGUAGAUUACAGUUGCAUACUAUGAGCACACCAUCGCCGUACAAAGUUAUGGAACGAUCCAUAUUCAGCUCACGAUGCUUCUUGGAGAAUAUGAAGCGUACAAAUAUGAUAAAGGAUGUAGAGGCAACGAUCUUGGAACAAUGGCACGAUUGGUGCAUGGAAAGCACCAAGAUAAAAAUCGACUUGAUAGUAUAUCUAAGGACAUCACCUGAGGUGGUAUAUCAGAGAAUGCAAUUGCGUGCGCGCAAGGAAGAAGAGGCCGUAUCGUUGGAGUAUCUGAGACAGAUACACGAGAUUCAUGAAGAGUGGCUGUGUAGGCAGACUUUAUUUUCUCUACCGGCGCCGGUUAUGAUCGUAGACGGCGAUAAAAGUCUCGAGGAAAUGGUGCCGCAAUUCGAGAAGUGCAAAAAUCAGAUACUUAACAGGAAAAUUGAUGACAAACGCGGUACCAGAACCACGAUAGUUCAUUAAAACACGGUUCUCUUUAUGCAAUAGUAAC